UAUCAUAAAGCUGCUUAUCAUCUUUCUUAAAAUUUGCAAACAAACAUAAACAUGUUUAAGAGAAGCUUAUUUAUCUGCCUUUUUGAGUAAAAGCGCUUGGAAACAUCGGCCUCACUUUCUUUUCCUCUCCUCGAGAAUGUCUAUUUGUAGCGACUAGAGCUAUGGCUAAAUUGACGAUUUCUGGAGCAGAAGAUAGCGAGGAAGACGCAGCAGGAACCACUGAAUUAUCUUUUUCACAAAACUCAGAUUGCAAGAAAAAGUUCCGAGCAUUCAGACCACGGGAUGUCCUUCUGAGUUCCUAUCCCAAAUGCGACAGUAAAAUAGUGGAUAUCAUAGUUUGGAAACUCCUGUAUCCUCUUUCUAAUUUGCCACCUCGUAACAACAUGACCAAUCGAUAUCUUAUUCCCAUAGAAAUGCAAGAUGGAGUUUUUCCCAAAAAUUCUCCUAGAAUACUUAAAACUUACCUACCGUUUCAUCAGCUGCCGUUUCACAAAAGAUCCAAAUACAUCUAUGUUCUGCGAUCGCCUUGGAAGGCCUGUAUUUCUUAUUACAAGUUUUUAAAACUGACUCAAGCGAUUUCUGAAUCUUUUGAAGAAUUCUUUCAAUUGUUUUUGGAAGGAGAGUUAGGCUAUGGCUGCUAUUUUAAACACAUUUCCCCGUGGAUCAAACGAUUGGAAGAAAGCAACGUGCUGGUACUUCGCCACGAGCAUGUUAAAAGUAAUCCACGCAGUGCUGUUUUCAUGAUUGCUGCAUUCUUGGGAGAGUGCCAUUUAAACCGAAUACUACAAUCGGAAGAUAUUUUGGAUGGCAUUUGCGCAGAAAAGCUCCGAUUACCACCAACCCGCAGACAUGUUUCCGUAGAAGAAAUGCCGCCAUGUAAGCUGCAGUGUUCCGAAAAACAAAUCCAGGAUUUAGUCAAAAAAAUAUCAGAAGAAACUGAAGGAACCUGUGUACAAUAUUUAUGGUUGAGCAUUUUGAAAAAUAGAGUUAUUAACAGGCGUACGAUUUAAAACUCUUGUUGUAACGACUCCAAAUCCAGAUAUUAAAUAUAUAUCUAUACAUUAUCUUAUAUUUUAAUCAUAUUUAAGGUGCAAGUUGAAAUAAGUAUCAUUGUUCUGUUAUGUUUUUUUAUAGAUAAUCUCGCAUAUCUUAUUAAACGUAGUAAAAAUUAUUUUAAUUUAAUAAAAACAAUUCAAUUAUUUAUAACUAAAACAAAUUUUUUUGAUCGAUUACAAAAAUUUAUAGUGUAUUUCAAUAUUUCAAAAUAGUUUUUUUUUUUUAUCUUAACACCAAUGUUCAGUUCGAAUGAAAUAAAACCAUUUUCUGCAAAUAA